AUGGGCCUUUUAAGGUUGUUCUUUAAUGCAUUGGUUGCACAUGUUUCUAGAGAUAAGAUGAGUGAGUGUGAACCCGCAGAUGCUCCCAGUGGGGAUAUGGCCAUUCCAACAAACUUGAACAGAGAGAUUUUGUAUGAAAGCUUUAUAUCCAUAAACUCUUUGGUUUUUAUUUGCGAAAUGAACCAGUUCACCGACGAGCUUAUGGAGGAGUUUGUGAAGAAAACCGUGUUUGUUGCAAAGGAGCUUCUAGUUGAAAAUCCUUCUGCAUUCAACCAAUUCAACAAUUACCUUACCAAGGUUGAUGGUGUUGGAAGGGAUCUAAAAGAUGCAUUAGAGCUUCGGAACAAAUAUUUUAACAAUGAUAGAUCGAUGAUAGGAAGAGAACUGUCUGCACAGAAGUACAAAGAACUUAGGUCCAGAGCAAACGGACGGUUACCAAGGCUGUAUUAUGAGGACAAGGAUGAAGAGUAUCUCCAAAUGAUGAAAAGACUCAUGAGUGCUAAGCAUGGAGACGAUGGGAUACAUAAAGCGAUCAAUAGGGAAAUGGCAGAGUUUUAUGGUGAGAAGACCGAGAUCUCAAAGACCCUUGUGCUUGACUCUAGAAUCAGUCUUAGCAUUGGAGGAUCGAUAUUUGCUCCGGGGAUUUUUGCAAAUCUAAUCCGGAGCCUGAGUAUUCCAAACAUAUCAGAGAUAAUCAACCGGGCAGUUCCUAGGCUUAUUGCUCCAUGUGAAGAUCUUAUAUCCAAGAUGCAUCUGAAGUCAUCUACAGAAAGAAGGUCUCUUGUGCUAGACUUUCUCUAUGGAUGCCUGAAGAGGAAAAAUGGCCCGUUCAAAGAGAAGAUAGACAAAGCCUUUGAGGAGAGGACAAAGAUACUAGAUAUUUACUUAAAAGGAGACCCAAAGGCACAGAAAAAGCUCCAAAUACUUGAUAAGUUUCAAGAAGACGAAAUCAAUAAGUUGUUAUUUGUAUUUAAGAACAUUAAGGAUGAUGACCUGGCCUUAAGAAUAGACAGGGCUGUGGUUGAAGCAUAUAUAGAUUUCCUUGAAAAUAACCAAGUGUCUGCGAAGGAGAACCUAUAUGGCUUGUUUAUGAAAUAA